AUGGAUGACUGCUGCCGGCCCUUGGCGUUCCUCUUAGGCCUGCCCUUCGCCGUCCUCUCCCUCGCCUUGUCCCUCGUCGGCGCCGUCGUUUGGCUCGUCGGGUCGGUGAUCAGCUGCCUGUGCCCGUGCUGCUGCUGCUGCGUCUCCGUCGCCAACGCCGCCGUCGACCUCAUUCAGCUGCCGGUGUCGGUGAUGCAGUGCUUUGUCAGGCAAAUUCCUUGCUAAUUAUCAGCAUUGACGAAUUGUGUGCGCGUAUUUUGUAGCCUAAUUUGUAAAUAUUU